AAAAUUAGGGCCUUUGCUGUGAGCUAUGGCGUCUUUGGCGCCAGGCGCCUUCCUCUCUCCGCUCAAUCCGAUCGCGUCCAGCAGGAACACGAGGAUUUCAGUGCAAUGCGGGCGCGGCAUUGGCUAUCUGAGCGCUGGAUCCAGUCGAUCGUUGAAAUUAGGUUCGAUUUUGGUAGCAGCAGCAGCCGCGGAUCCAGAUACUUCGGCGGCAGCAGCUAAGUCUGACGACUACAAUCGAGCAAUGCAGCGGCAGAUGAGGAAUCCGUAUGAGUAUCACCACGAUCUAGGCAUGCAUUUCACUGUGAUAGAGAAGAAUCUCAUCGUGGGUUCGCAACCGCAGUGCAAAGAGGACAUCACUCGCCUGUACGAGGAAGAAGGCGUCCGGGCGAUCCUCAACUUGCAGCAAGACAAAGAUGUCGAGUACUGGGGUAUCGACUUGCCCGCGAUCAUGAAACAAUGUGCCUCUCAUGGCAUCGCUUACUUUCGUAUCCCGGCGCGAGACUUUGAUCCAAACUCGCUACGCAACGAGCUGCCAAGAGCAGUAGCUGCUCUCGAGAGCGCGAUCUCCAGCGGCAGCGUUUACGUCCAUUGCACCGCCGGCCUGGGAAGAUCACCGGCAGUGGCCAUUGCCUACCUCUACUGGUUUUGCGACAUGGAUAUGAACACCGCGUACUCGCUGCUCACAUCCAAGCGCCCGUGUGGGCCAAAGAAAGAAGCGAUUCGUGGCGCCACUUAUGAUCUAGCGAACGACGAUCCAUUCAAGCUUCCGCUGGAAAAGCUUCCAGAGGAUGCCUUCACGGACGUUUCCGAAGAAGAAAGAAGACUAAUCCAACAGCGCGUGAGAAAGCUUCGAUAGAAGUUCUACAAUCAUGGAAAUAAAUUUUAAUAGAUUUUAGGGCUCUUGGCACUAUGAGCCCUAAUUCUUGGCGA